AUGCAACCAUUAGGUUGGAAUCCGGAUGAUCUCCGCACCAGGUUUACCGAGGCGCUGUCCGAUAUGUAUCGGGCUGAGGUCCCUCUUUAUGCAGAUCUGGUCCAAAUCGUGCGAGAUGUCGACAGCUCCGUGCUCGACGCACAAGGGAAACAUCCCGAAGAACUCCCGUUUCGCAAUCAACUGGAGCGUCAUGGUGCGAUCCGACUCGGAACGAAGGACGAGAUGCGAAUGAUCAAACGGCUCUUUGCUAUUCUCGGCAUGCAUCCCGUGGGAUACUAUGACCUGAACAUUGUCGGAUUUCCUAUCUACGGUACUGCCUUUCGGCCCACCGAUGCCGACGCCCUUAGCAAAAACCCAUUCCGGGUAUUUACGACUGUUUUACGAAGAGACAUGAUCUCCCCCAACAUCAGAGAGACAGUCGAUGGCAUCUUGAGUCAACGGAACCUAUUCACGCCACGGUUGAGUGAGAUCAUAGACCACGCGGAAAAACACAACACGUUGUCCGCGCAGGAAGUCGAUGAUUUCAUCACCGAGGCAUUGAAGAUUUUCAAAUGGCAUUCUCAGUCAACCGUCUCCAUUGACUCUUAUCUUAAACUGAAAGCAGAGCACACGGUAGUGGCCGAUAUCGUCUGCUUUCCAAGUGCCCAUAUCAACCAUCUCACCCCGAGAACCCUCGACAUUGACUAUGUUCAGCAGGAGAUGAUCCGACGGGGUCUUCCAACAAAGGAAGUGAUUGAGGGUCCCCCAACACGCCAGUGCCCUAUUUUGCUGCGUCAAACGAGCUUUAAGGCUCUUGAAGAGCGAGUAGUCUUUGCCACAGGCGACGGCCAAGCAGCCUGUGGCACCCAUACCGCGCGCUUUGGUGAAGUCGAGCAGCGAGGUGCAGCCGUGACGAGAAAAGGGCGUGAGCUCUACGACCAAUUGCACUCCUUUGCAGUUCGAACUGCGGCCAAUGUUUCCGGCCACAAAUUCAGCAACAUCCUCCACAACGCCUUUCGAAAGUUUCCCGAUACAUGGGAGGAGCUUCGGGUCCGCGGGCUUGUCUACUUUUACUACAGUGUAACCCAAGCGGGAAGAAAGGUAAUGGGAGAAGGAAUGUUGACUUCGAGGGUUUCACUCACGCGUCUGCUGCAACUGGGACACAUCGAGUGCGAGCCAAUUACCUACGAAGAUUUUCUGCCUUUCUCUGCUGCUGGAAUCUUCAAGUCGAACGUUGUUCUUGAUCACUCUGCCGCGUUGCCUAUCCAGAAGACUGCCUCCAGUGCAGCCGAGCUGGAGGGUAUUCUGGGUUGCACAGUCUUAGAUGAGAUUGACUUCUAUCAGCAUCUCGAGGAUGACAGCAUAGAGCUUUGUAGGAAGGAACUUGCGCUGGAGGAAAUAAUUCGGGACUGA